CGUGCGCGUGCUUAUGCGUGUGCGCGUGCGCGUCGCUCCUGAAACUUCCGCAAACUCUCUCCUGUUUGUCAGUCAUCAUGUCCAACAAUAACGCCAGCAGUAAUCUAGCCGUGGUGAAGAAAGCCGUCAAACAGCUCCGGAUAGAGGCCAAAGUGCGGCGAAUUAACGUGUCUCAAGCUGCUACAGACCUGAAGAACUUCUGCCUGCAGAAUGCUCAUAAAGACCCGCUGCUGAUGGGGGUGCCGUCCAGCGACAACCCCUUCCGCCCCCCGAAAUCCUGCGGUCUGCUAUGAGAGCUGCUGAAGAUGAUUUCGAUGAUGUAGCUGUCCUCAAGUCUCUCUCUAACUUCACACUAUGCUAUAAAGGCUCCUGGAACACUACUUACUCAAAACAGAAAAUUAAUGUUGCUUUUGGUUUUAUUUGGUUUUAUUAUAUGAACUGUUGUAACAUGCAACUUAUACACACUAUGCCUUGGUACGAUCUGUUAUUGUAUUCCCAUUUAACAUGAACAUUUUUUAUUUUUUUUUUAAAUACAAAUUCACCCCACAAUUUGAGAACACACUUGUGUUGUUGUUGUUGUCCCAGUCUGCCUUAUGAUACCUUAAAACUCCACCAAACUCUGUUUUAUUUUUGGUUUAAAUUUUAUAAAACAAAAACACUAUAUUGCAAACUGUAUGAUUUUCAGGACGUCCAUAUUCACGAAGUUGAAUUUUUUGCCCAUAUUAAUGAUGAAACGGAGUAAGAAGGAAUAGAAUAAAUAUCUAAAAUUAGCUGACAUAGUGAGACUUUUUACGAUAGUCGUUUACUAAUCCAUAAGUGUUAGAACUGUUCAGCUUGUAGUCCAAAAACCUAUAUAUUCACAAUGGGUUCCCUCGGGAUUUUCCUCUGGAUUUUUAUAAUGGAGUUUUUGAACUUAUGUGUAAAAUAAGGUCUGUGGUAAACAUUACUUAACGAUACACGGACGUUUUGUUCUACAACAUAAAUUACACACAGUCACACCUCAAACGUGCAUUUUAAAACCGUAUUCAACCGUAUUUUUAAAACACACGGCGGCUUAAAAAUUCACUUUUAAGGCAUGGAAAUGUGUAAUUUAUGUUGUAGAACAAAACGUCCGUGUAUCGUUAAGUAAUGUUUACCACAGACCUUAUUUUACUCAUAAGUUCAAAAACUCCAUUAUAAAUAUUCAGAGGAAUAUCCCGAGGGAACCCAUGGCGAAUUCUCUUCCGGGUUCGCCUACAAAUUGCCGUCACGGCUGAACAGCUCUAUAAGCAUUAGAGUUUGGUUUGAAAGUUUUAUGGUAUUGAGAUUCUAGAUGAACUUCUACUGAAAUGUUACAUUUGAACUUUAUACUCUUUUCGAUGUCCUUUUGCUAAACUGACUUUAAAAAUAAAACUUGUGUUAUUUAUCAUU